CGCGCGAAUUUCUAUGUAAUUCAUGCGAGGAUGCUGGCGACUACCACUUGUUGACAUCUACGACCGCUAUGCAGCUUGGUUUGGAUGUCUUUUGGGUCCUUGUGGUCGUCACGGCGAGCGGGGUUAGUGCUCAGGCGACUGUUACUUCGACGCAGGCUGUCUCGUUGCCGACUGCGCGACCCUCCGAUGCGUUUAACGUCCCUGCCGAUUUUCCCAGCGUGGGUUUCGAGCUCGCGUUCUUGCCGGGGUAUAACAACAAUUUCUCGGAUAACCUUGUGGCUUCUCUUGCGCAGCGUAUGGGUGUGAAGCCUGUGCUGCGGAUUGGUGGGACAAGUGGCGACAUCAUCAAAUACAACCCGAACCAAACGGAAGCUACGCAUUGCGUCAAGGAACCCUGCAAUUCUGCUGCCGAGUUCAUUCUGGGACUGAGCUACUUCAAUGCGCUGAAGCAGCGCUUCAAGACCGCGAAGGCUUCCAUUCAAGCUCCUUUCGAUCCCAUUCAUGGAACCACGCCGCCAAACCGGACGAAUGUAAUCGCAUACGUGCAGAAUGCCUAUAACGCUCUCGGGGCCGACCGCGUCGACGCCAUCGCCCUUGGAAACGAGGUAAACUGGUACGAGCCUGAUGCCGCAAGUUACGUAAAGGAUGCGCAAGCCGCCAAAGACACCAUCAACUCCGUUUUGAGCAUCGGCGACAGCCCGAUCUGGGAGGUCCUAGACACGGCAUCCGAAGGCAUCAAAGGCGAAAAUCCUGCUCCCUAUACCGUGAAAGACGCAUUCGACGCCGGCGUCAACACGGACCAGAAAGUCGAGUAUGUCGCGGAGCACUACUACCAGUUCGACGGCAAGACACCGGGGAUCCAGAAAUAUUUGCUCAACCAUACAGACUUGAAGGUCAAGAUGGGGAAGUACAAGCCAAGUAUUGAUUACACGACCAAUACGGCGAAGGCGAGGUUCAUCCUGAGCGAGACGGGGGGGCCGCUAGGAGUGAGCGAUGAUCGGCAGACGUGGUUUGCAAAUACGCUGUGGGCGGUUAAUUUUCAGAUGUAUGCGAUGAGUAUGGGGGUUAGUAGAGUCAGUCUGGUGCAGAGACCGGAGGCGAAGCGGAGUCUGUGGAUUCCGAGUGCCGGCCUGUUGGUGCCGGGACCUAGAGUGCAGGCACCAUACUACGCUCUACCGUUCAUGGCCGACUUUCUGGGAAAGAGCGUCAGCGGAGAGCGUGGGGUUGUUAACAUCGACCUGAACAGCCCGGUUCUCAGCGCGUACACCAUGUUUGAGGGACCGACGCUAGCUCGCAUUGCCGUCGUCAACCUGCGUGAGUACGAUGGUACAGGGAACCGCAGCGCUGUGAAGGUUCGCCUCAACAACCUGGGUACUGUCAGCGGGAACAAGGUUCAGGUGGGGCGCUUGCAUGCGGAUGCUGGAACUGCGGCCGGCGGAUGGGAUAUGAAUCAAAAGAACAUCACCUGGGGCGGCCAGCAGUGGAGCUAUGAGGCAGACCAAGGGAAGGGGCAUGGUGUGGCGACGAAAAAGAAUAUCCAGGUGACGGAUGGGUCGGCGGAGGUGGUGCUCCCGGAUAGUGAGGCUAUGAUUAUGUAUUUGAAGUAGAGGGAGAGGCUUUACAUCUGCAU